UUCUUUAAGCCAAUUGCAUCAUCAAGCGCAGCCUCAAGCGCAACGCCAAAAGAUGGCUGUUUCCAGCAGGCCAAGGAGAGCGCAAGUACAGCCUUACGGUCGGCCUCCUUCCUAUGUUCAGUCGAUUACGUCCAUUUUUCCUACACCGAAUAUAGCGCAGAUACGUCAUCCCCUGCGAUCAUGUCAGCUUCAACUUAUGUUGGUAAUGAAAUGCCACCGGCUGCAAUGCACAGGCCCCUUUAUGUGGGCUUCAACUGGUCUGCACCAUUGGAUCUCUCUUACACCGGGCUUCAGUUUAUGGUCGACUGUGAAGCAGCAGAGGAGUCUACGGUGCUCUUGUAGUGGGCCAAUUGGUCCAAUUUUAUGUUUGUGUCCGUGAUGGCUCUGCGGAAGUCAGUCACUGAAUUUUCGAACAGAACCUUGCUCAUCUUCUUACUACUUCUUCCUAUAUAGUAUCUUCUCGUUUCUUUGCUUCGAUAUAUUCCGAUUCCGGUUUUGUCAUGGUU